AAGAAGAAGAAGAAAAAGAAGAAGAAGAAGAAGAAGAAGAAGAAGAAGAAGAAGAAGAAGAAGAAGAAGAAAUGUUAGCACAUGGCAGUGAGGAAAAGGAGAUGUAGAAAAUAAACUUUUUUUCUUAAAAGCUGAGAAAACUUGCUGAAAAGAGGAAGUACAGUUGUUAUAAGGUGUUGUGAGUGCUUCAGGAGGAAGGAAGAGUAAUUUUUAUGAUGAGGAAAUGUCUUAGAAAACCCUCGGCCGCCAUCUUGGAUUUUAUGAAAAUGGACAUGUUUGUUUUCUUCCACUCAUCCAGUCAGGUCUUCUUUAAAGCAUCAAACUCUGGGGAGACCACCAAACAUCAUGCUACAGUUCCUGUAACGUGUCAGGGUACAGCCAUCGUCACCACGUGGAAAAGGAACAUUUUUAGUCAAUUUUCCCCAGAUGCUAGCUAACAGCUGGAUUGAGUGAUGGACUAGACGAGUUUGACCAGAAACAGUGCAACCAUGGAUGACUGCUCCCAACAUUUGGAGGAGGACUUGACUCACAGGAACAUCUGCUGUCAGCCGUGCUUUACCUUCACUUUCCCCACAUCAGGAGCAGAAACUGUUUGAAGCCCGGAGGUUCUGACUGGACUCAGACCGACCUGCAGCUCCUCUCUGGCGGCUCUCGCAGACCCUAACCCCCCCUGGCACUGCUGGAGGAAGAGGAGGAGGAGGCUCUGCUGGGAUGUGUGAGGGUCUCUGUGUGGAGGGGUGAAGAGAGGAGGACAGAGGAGCAGCAUGGCUCUGGCAGCGCUGGCUCUUUGGGUCCUAACAAGUCUCACCUGGGGGGACGUGCUCCAGGUGUCCGCCAACAGGCAUUCGGUUUACUGGAACAGCUCGAACAUACUUUUGCACAUGGAGGGCCACACGAUGACGGUCAACGUCAACGACUACCUGGACAUCUACUGCCCUCAUUACAACGACAGCCAGCGCAUGGUGGGCACCGGCGAGCAGUACGUCCUCUACAUGGUCAGCCGCCGCGGCUACAGGAACUGCGACCCCCAGCUGGGCUUCAAGAGGUGGGAGUGCAACCGGCCCCACGCUCCCCACGCGCCCAUCAAGUUCUCCGAGAAGUUCCAGCGCUACAGCGCCUUCUCGCUGGGCUACGAGUUUCACGUGGGCCAGGAGUAUUACUACAUCUCCACACCCACUCAUCAUCACGGACGCAGCUGUCUCAGACUACGAGUCUACGUCUGCUGUCCCACCU